UUAAUUCACCUCCUUGCAGCUGUUCUUUAAGUUAAACCAGACUCACAGAGAGAAAAGCUGUAGAGAGAAGACACAUGAUCACAGCUAUAACACUAGGCUACAGUGGUCAAUAUAUUUAGCUGAAGGUCUGAAUGAAUAAACGCUGUUUCUGGGGUGUUUUCUGACUCCAAAACUGUGACAGAAAAAAGCGAGACAGGUUUUAAUGUUUAGAACAAAGAGCAAAAGUCUUAGAAAUGAUUAAUGUGUGAUGAAAAAAUGGGGCAAAAACGAGCCAGAGAAUGAAGCGGUCUCUGAUGUGGCCGGCUUUUUCCUGCAGUUAGCAUCCUGCUACACUCCACCCUCUCCACCUCAGCAUCCAUGUUUUUCGCAUCCGAGUGUGUGUGUGUGUGUGUGUGUGUGAGUGUGUGUGAGUGUGUAGGGAGUGGCAGCCACGGAGAAAUCGCAUGCCGGCAGAUACGCGAGUGAUUUUCAUUCAAAGGAAAAGGUGAAGUUGCUCUCAGGCGGCUCUGGUUAGGAUUUUAUAACGGUUGGACUUUCUGAGUCCUACAGGUAAAAUGGAGAAAGAGCGACCCACGGUCUGAACAUCUAGUGCUACGUGGAAUAUCCCCCCUCUCUAGCAGACACCAUGAACAUGCUGAAAUCGAGCGGCCUUAAAAUUCCCGGCAGGGGUCCGAAGCACUCUAGCCCGGUGGGACGAACCACCACAGGGUCACCAUCCUCCCCUGCAACUCAGAAAGACAAUGUUCCUCACAAACAGCCCCUGCCGGCCCCGAGCAGCAGUGCAUCAGACAAGUCAAGCUCGAAAGCUUCGGAGGUGGGCGAUGAAGUGCCGAGCGACUUUGCAUUGGGCGAGCGUGUAUGGGUGAACGGCGUGAAGCCGGGCCGUGUGGCCUAUCUCGGUGAGACCCAGUUCGCCCCGGGUCAGUGGGCCGGCGUUGUUCUUGAUGAACCUGUGGGCAAGAACGACGGCUCAGUGGGCGGUGUGCGUUACUUCGAGUGCCUGCCUCUCCAGGGUAUCUUCACGCGGCCCUCCAAGCUCACGCGCCAGCCGGCAGCGGAAAGUGGUGAUGCUCACCCUGCAGACCCACUUGCUGGACCGAACUCCCAGACAGGCACUGGAGCCCAACGUGUGGUCGUGCCACUGCGAGAGGGAAUACUGAACAGUGCAACAAAGACAGGCAAUGAGUCUGGCUCCAACAUGUCCGACAGCGGCUCGGUGAAGAAAGGCGGAGAGAAGGACCUGCGAGUGGGAGAUCGUGUGCUGGUGGGCGGCACGAAGACUGGUGUGGUGCGCUACGUAGGCGAGACAGACUUUGCCAAGGGUGAGUGGUGCGGUGUGGAGCUGGACGAGCCUCUUGGGAAGAAUGAUGGAGCCGUGGCCGGGACCAGGUACUUCCAGUGCCCACCCAAAUUUGGCUUGUUUGCCCCAAUCCACAAGGUGAUCCGCAUCGGCUUCCCUUCCACAAGUCCAGCCAAGGCCAAGAAGAGCAAGCGUGUGGCCAUGGGAGUGUCGUCACUGGCUCACAGCCCCAGCAGCUCAUCCAUCAGCUCUGUCAGCUCCGUGGCCUCCAGCGUCGGCGGCAGGCCCAGCCGCACUGGCCUGUUGACAGAGACAUCGUCCCGUUAUGCACGCAAGAUCUCUGGCACCACCGCACUGCAGGAGGCGCUCAAAGAAAAGCAGCAGCACAUCGAACAGCUCCUGGCCGAGCGUGACCUGGAACGAGCCGAAGUAGCCAAGGCCACCAGCCACAUCUGUGAGGUGGAGAAAGAACUGAACACACUCAAAGCCCAACACCUGCAGUAUGCAACAGAGACUGAGAGCAACCUGCAGCAAGUGCGCACCCUAUUGGCCAAUGCACAGAGAGACAAAAUGGAACUGGCCAAUCAGCUUGAGGAAGAGAAAAGGAAAGUGGAGGACCUUCAGUUCAGGGUGGAGGAGGAAUCCAUUACCAAAGGGGAUCUAGAGACUCAGACCAAACUGGAGCAUGCCCGUAUUCGGCAGCUCGAGCGGAAUCUGCGUUUGGAAAAGUCCAAAGCAGAGAAGCUUCAGAAAGAGUUAGAGGAAAAGAUGCAAACCACGGUUGAGGAGAAGAGCCGGGUGAUGCAGCUUGAGGAGGAAUUAACCUUGCGCAAAGCCGAGGUGGAUGAACUCCAGGCACGCCUGCAGAGAGCCUCGUCCUCUGUAGUGGAAGGUGAAGAUGUGAUUUCAAGCUCUGAGGCUCUUGUUCUCAGAGAACGCCUUGAAUCUGCCCGCCGCGAGGAGAGCAGCCAACUACGUGAACGCUACGAGGCCAUGCUGAGUUCCAGCCGCCAAGAAACUGAACGCCUCAAGGCCACAACAGAGCGGCAGGCCUCAGAGAUCACAAAACUGCGCCAAAGGCUCCAGCAGGCCACACGUGAGAACAUGGAGAUGAUGGAUAGCUGGAAGGCCAAGCUGGACGCCCUGGUUGGAGACCACCAGCGUGCCCUGGAGGAGCUCAAAUCCUCACUGAUCAAUAAUUCCAAAUCUUCCGAGACCAGCGGAGGAGACGGAGAUGGUCCCUCACCGGAAAUGAGGGCCACCGUGGAGAGCAUGAGGAUGGAGCAGCAGCUGGAGGUGGAGAACCUCAAGGCCAAGCAUGAGAUUGAAGUGGCCGUGCUGGCCAAGGAACGUGAGGAGCUUCGAGCCAAGGUCCAAGAACUACAAGAUAAGCUAGAGGAGAGCGAGGAGAAUGCCAGGAGCAACCAGGAGCUUAAUGAGUCCAUGGAGAAGCUUCAGGAGGCCGAGCUGAAGGUCGCCGGAUUGAGGGAACGGCUAGAGUUGGCUGAGAAGAAGAUGGCUGACUACGAGGCUCUGCAGAAAGCUGAAGCACAAAGCAGAGCUGAGAUCCGAGACCUGCAAGAGAAGCUGAGGGUUAGCGAGAACCGACUGCAGGCUGUCGAGGCUGAUCAUAUCAGCCAGGACGUCAACAUGAUAGAAAAUAACGACAACUCUGAAGAGAAGAUUAAGUUAAAGCAAAAUAUGGAAGAAACUUUGGAGAAACUGGCAAAAAGGGAAAAAGAAGUUUCCACUCUUACUACACAAGUAGAUGACCUCAAAACACAGAUAGCAGCCUUGGAGACUAAAGUUCGUGUGGGGGAGAGAAAGGCAGACGGCCUUCUCAGAGACAAGAUGCGUCUGGAGGCGGAGCUGGAGGCCAUCACCAAGAAAUCCCACGAUGCAUCAGGCCAGCUGGUGAUCAUUAGCCAGGAACUUCUGAAGAAAGAGAGGAGUCUAAACGAGCUGCGCGUCUUGCUGCUGGACUCGCCGCGCCACUCUCCCGGCAUGGACCGUGAUCUGAGCCGUGAGGUGCACAAGGCUGAGUGGAAGAUGAAGGAACAGAAGCUGCAGGACGACAUCAAGACCCUGAGGGAGAAACUGCUGCUUCUGGGGCGUGAGAGGUCAUCACCUGAGCAUCGUCGCUUCUCUAUGAUGGAGGCGUCAGGGACGGACGCGGAGGUGGCCCGCCUACGCCAGCGGCUCUUGAGCACUGAGGAGGCCUUGAGGAACGCGCUGGAACACAACCAGGAAGUGGACCAGCUAGUGCAGGCCAUGCGCACGCGACCUGAUAAGAGCCAGGCAUACAGCAGCGCAAAUUCGGCAAAUGGGAUCCAUCAACAAGACGCUACCUUCACGGAAGAGGGACAGCACUGAUGAUGGGGGUCGUUGAAGCAAUGCUUGACCAUUUAGGGAAAAAUCAAGGAGGUACACUGCAAAAAAAAUCCCCGAGAUGUCUGAUGCUUAGACCUCGGACUAACACCUCAUUGGACAGCUUUGCAUUCUUUUCACAGUUAGCACCAAGCCGAUGAACAAAACUGCAACCACUUAGCAAAUGUGUAUGUAAAACAAUGUGAGAUGCUAUUUAAAAAAAACAAACAAACAAAGCAUUAUCUUUGAAGCGGUACGUUACGGUUAUGGUUUUAGACCUGGACCACUGAUCCACCUUGUACACUACCUCCAGUAUGGAUAAUUAAUCCAAGAGAAGUGAGAAAAAGCAGCGGUCUUUAUGCUCAACACCUCCAUGAAGCUAAGUGCUGUAGUCCGAUUGGCCAGGAUGCAGUUUAGUAAACCUUUUGGCCUCAGUUUAUACUUUAAUUUAUUUGCCUUUUAUGCUAUUGGAGUUAGACGGAGAAGUCCUCUCGAUUUUUGCCUUGAAAGACUUGCUACUCUCCCUUAGCCUCUGUAGUGAAUGUCUGAGUAAAGGAGACGGGAUGAUUCCACUCGGUCUUGUUCUUGUUUUCUUUUUCCUUAUGUACUGUAUGAAUGCCACAGUGUUCAGCCACCUACCAGUAUCCAUCCUCUAUAAUCCAGUAAAUAGUGCACCAUUUUAGGGAUGCCAGCAUUUCAAAUGAAUGGGACUUCAUCACUGUAUUCCUGUAAAAGACUUGAGAAAUCAACCGCUCAGACAUAUUAUUCAGCCUUGUACUGUGUUUAUGCUGUAUAUUUAUGUGUCAAGAUACAGUUUCCACUGUAACCGUUGACCAGCUAGGUCGAAGUGAAUUUAGGCUUUGAACGUACGUCAUCUAAUUCAAUGACAAUAAUCCACAUUUCUGAUUUUCUACAAGUGAGCACAUUAUAAUUUGAAUGUUAGCAGGUCAAUUUGAUAAAUGAUAUCCACCCUGUUACAAGGAUUAUCUCAGUAAUGGUUUCAAUCUUUCUAUCAGUGUGAAUAUUAUGGGAUUAAGACUAAGGGAUUUCAUAUCGGAAAGAAGGGAUAAAACGAUAGGGCUGGCCCCAAGUUUUGCAAAAAUGAAGCUUCAAGUCGUUGGACUCGGAUGCUCUUUAAUGCUGUCACAAAAGCAGUUUACUCCCUUGGCUCUAGCUGUAACCAUCCCCGGGAUUCAAUCAUUAAACAGAAAUAAAACAGAA